AUGGCGAGCGAGGGUGGUGGAAAGGUCUCCUUCAAAGUGACUCUCACCUCCGAUCCAAAGCUUCCUUUCAAAGUGUUUAGCGUUCUGGAGGCAGCACCUUUCACUGCUGUUCUCAAAUUCGCCGCCGAAGAGUUCAAAGUGCCUCCCCAGACCAGCGCUAUCAUUACUAACGAUGGUGUUGGAAUCAAUCCUCAACAAAGUGCAGGCAAUGUCUUUCUGAAACAUGGUUCCGAACUACGCCUCAUACCUCGUGAUAGGGUUGGAGCAUGUGGGAUGUAAGCUGCAUUCUUGUCAGUGCAAAGAGUCUGGCCUAUUCUCACCGGUUAAUUUGGGUUCACUUUCUCUAAUGUUUGCAUUUUCUUAAUAGGGAGGAAUUUUACUCUUUCCGUGCAUCAUCCUAGUGUAACUGAUACCAUUUGAAAUCACUACUUG